UUUACAACAGAAAGCUGUUGGUGACGCCUGCCCCACCGUUACCCAAAAUACAAAUUGUGGAACUUUUAAUAACAUUAUUUCAAAUUCUUGUAGACAGUAAAUUACUAGAUCCUGUAAGCUAUUCCUACGCAUUAAAAACAAGGCUAUAGAACUCCAUUAAAACUGUUAAUUUUUUGGGUACUAAUUCAGGGGUUGAUUCAGCAGGGGCAGCAAUAUGCUGCAUGCCCCGCGGCCACCUCUCCCGAAUGGCCUACGCCAUGAAGCCGUCUGGUAUAAUAUAAUAGAUAGAUAAUAAAAAAAUAAAUGCAAAACAUGAGAUCAUACUUUGAAUUUCGAGAAAAAAUAGAAAUCAAUAAAACAAACAAGGCCAUAAAACAAAUGGAGAGCUGGCGAGACACAAGGCUGGCGAGACAAAAACGUGCGCCAUUAGCGUCAAAAAAUCUCAUUCUCCCCGCGUUGUUUUUCUUUUCUUUAGUGCCCCACACAUAGAAAUACCCCAAUGCGUAGUGGAAAACUGCGAUGUGGUAGAUAACGUAAAGUCACCGAUUUUGCUCGGCUCGCAAAAUUCACUACACGAGGAUGAUGGCGGCGCGCAUGGGAGCGAUUGCUCUUCGGCAAAAAUUGCAUGGAGUUUGCCAGUUUCGACGGUCUUUGAGCGUGAUUAAUCAACGAGCCGGGCGUCCGUCCGCGCCCCCGCCCGGCGAUGGCUCCACGGGCAGACACCCGUGGGACUUCAAGCUGAGCCCGAUGGUGGCUCAGCUCAUCAUCACCGGAUCCACGCUCAGCUUCAUGCUCUACUUCUUCGUGUUUCGCGACGAGUCGGACGUCGACACUGCCCUCUAUCGGCCGAUCUGGGAACGUGUGCCUGGAAUAUCGCCCGAGGUGGCUGAACGCAUGUUAGAGGUAGACAGACAGAUGGGUAUCCUAUACGACGCCAAAGAAUGGGAGGCCAGUCUACGUGAAUACAAGAAACGCUACUACAUCAACCAUCCGGACAAACGGCCUGCUACCAGUGUGACGCCACAGGCUUGAAGGAUAGUAGUGUGUUUGUCGUGUACUGGAUUGAAUUGUUGAAGACGUUUGAAGGAUAUAACUAUGUAUGUCGCAAAUAUGAAUACUAUUAUUCGUCAAUAGUGAAUUGGUCACUAUGUUGUGGCUACAUUGCUGGAUCGAAUUGAAAGCCACAUGAUCUUUUAAAAUGACCGUAGUUUCUCAGCGAUUAGUACAAUAGGUUGUGAAUGUGUAGUCGGUGUCGGGGGAUUCGUUUGCUAGCUAAUGUGUUAGAAUGUCUGUGACUGAUGUGUUGCAUAUAGGUCACUGUAGAAAGAACGUAGAUGGCUCCUCUCAUUCGAAAUAUUUUGCCGGCUCCUGAGCCGCUAUUUUUUGCUCCAGCCCACCGUUUUCUUUCAGUGAACUGGUUGUAACAGUUCACGCUUUGAAAAUCUCACGUCUAUGUAAUCAUCUACCCCCGGCCCUAUAGUGGAAGGCGGUAGCAGAGGUGCGUUUACUUAGCUGCUGUUGGAAGGUGCCAGGUGGGCCGUGCAGUUACCAGGAAUCCUUUGUGAACUCAUGUAUGGGAAUCGUGCGUUUAUUUCUGUUUGAUGAAAGUUAUUCGGAUUGCGUGUGGUAGAUAAAAUUGGUAUUAUGUCGAUAGAAAGGUCUGAAUAAACAGUUAUGUCCACCAAA